AUUACAUGGAUCAUUUGGUAGAUGAAGCAGAAGCCCUUGGUGGAGCAGUGCAUUCUUCAGCCUUGACAUCUAAUAAUCGAACAGAAACCAUCCCUGAUCAACAGCUAAGCAUUCUGAACUCUAUCACUGCCAAUGAAUUGAAAGCAUUGACAAAUAGCGUAAAUGCAGUCUGCCACACUUCAGAUGUGAACUGCCUGGAUGAUGCCUUUUCUCCUAUGGACAGCUUAUCCCGAGCAGCAGUUAAUCAUGUGCCUGUUGGAACAGAAGAAUUGCUCAACUUGCCUAGCAGUGGUGAAAGUGAUUGUUUUAAUUUAUUUGAGACUGGCUUUUAUCAUUCAGAGCUAAACUCAAUGAAUACGUGCAGUGAGGAAACGGAAAGAUCUGCAAAGAGACUGAAAAUGGGAAUUGCUGUCCCAGAAUCUUUCAUGAAUGAUGUCUCUGUAAAUAACCUUGGUGUGGACUUUGAGAAUCACACACAUCAUAUUACAACUGCCAAAAUGGCUGUUUCAGUGGCUGACUUCAGCAGUCUAUCUACAAAUGAUGCAAAUGGUUUUAUCAACACCCAUGCUCUACACCAACAUACUGCCCUUCACUCAGAAUGACUGUUGAAAAUGAAACAAACAGUGGGUACUUCAUACAGUAGUAGUAAACUUGAUGAGAGCUAUCAGGUUUGCUUAGUCUUUCACUGGAAAUAUGAACUUUAUGACAUCAGUGAUGUCUUUGUAUGUAUAGAACUAUAUCUUGAUUUAUCAAGAGUAAUUUCUUUUUUCAGUCCAUAAAUGAGGAAAUGUCAUACAACAUUUGACAGAGUUUGAGACUAAAACAAUUCUGUGGUGCAGUUUGAAGCUCUGUUCCAAUUUUUUUUUUAAAGCCUGUAGACAGAAGCCACCGUUUCAAAACCAGCACAGAAGUUCUGAACUGGUUGAAGUGGCUUUUUAGUUUAAAUUAUUUUUGCUGUGAUGAAUGCAGUGGAAUAACAGUGUUUACAGGUACUAAUCCUGACCCCUGCACAAUGUAGCAUUUUUUCUUAUAAAGGCAGGGAUUGCUUUCUUCAAUUUAAACUGCACAAACACACAAGGAUGAUUUUUAAAUGAAACCUCCUCUCAUGUGAUACUGAACUAGAGCACUUCAAUUUACAAAACAGCAACUUCAUCUUGGUGGAAGCUAGCACAAGGGACUUAACAUGAGUAAAGUACAAAGAUGUACGCUUGGAUGCUGUUACAAAAUUAUAGGCCAUGGCUACCUUAUACAAGUAAUGAUACUGCUAGAGGUGUCUGCGUACUUAAAACUUACUGGCUGUAGGGGAACUGUUAGGUCAGGGCUUGAACUGGUGAUUGAGCACCUGGUAAAGAGGUGUGGCUGGCCUAGGGAGCACAGGCAAAUUGUUUGCACCCGUGCUCCCCAUGUGACCGGAAAGGGUGGACCUAGGGUGGAGCCACUCUUGGCUUAUAUAAGGGCCACCAUCUCUUGGGUUUAGGUUGCUUUUUGCAAAGGGAUGUUGUAUGGUUAGGGGUUUCUCUUUCCUGUUGGAUGAGUUCUGGUAUUGUUUUUGUAUGUUGCUAUUGGUCUGCUUGUGAAUACUUUGGUAUUGUCAAGAACUUGUCAGAAGCAAUUUCACUUCUUUAUGAGCAGAAUGCUGGCUUAAACUGAGUCAUUUCAGGGUGUUGUAUUUUCCUGGGUUUUGUCUACAGCUUUAAAGAGUAAUAUAAUUCUGUAAUGUAACUUUCCAAAGACAGCUGAUGUGUAAAGCUACAGUCUGCACAGUUAAGGAUUUACCACUAAGCAGUCUAUGAUUUGGAAGGCAUCUUAAAUUGUUAGGAGCACUGCAGUUGAAAGCGUCAUGGUUUUGGGAGUCUAUCUAGUUUAUAUCAAAAUAGUGGAACCUUGUAUGUAUCUAAAACCUUCUACCCAGCAUGGAUUGUGUUUAUUUGUUUUGGCAAAGUCAUUGGCUGAAAAAUGGCACUUUGCUACCUUGGUGAAAUAGGAAAAGAUCGAGUAGAAAUGCUUCUUAUAAGCUAACUAUCUCAGUAAAUUUUUAUUUUGAACACUGAGUGCAAGUUAGCUAUCCAGAAAGAUUAUCUUGCAAAUGCUUGUUCUAAUUCUUGUGGGAGAGUUGAACCAAACAUGGUAUUGGCUUGUAACAUGUUGUAGCAUACAACUUAAAAGUUAUUUAACUGAUAAUCUGAACCUUAUUUCAGUAAAAUUACUGCUUUUUCUUCAUAAUUUUUUUUUUUGCACUGCUUGUGUUAUAUGUUUAAUUGCCACUAAUUUGUUUUUAUUAUUUAAGUGAUUAAAUUUGCUUCGCUAAUAUUUGUAUAAUUACUUCAAGGUCUUGUUGAGUAUUUAGGAAGUAGUGACUUAAUAUUAGAAGGGAAAGAGGAUAUUUAUUAUGCAUACUAUGAACUGCAUUGGCAUUGAGUUUUAGAUGGAGAAUAGAGAAUUUUCUUUACAGCAUUGUAAUGAAGAUUUUAAGUGUUUAUGCAGUAGUGCAUUACCAUAUUAAAACUGAAUUAGUUUUGCACAGUGGACAAAAGUAGAGAAUUUUAUCAGUUCUUAGCUUAUGCAUCUGAAAUAAGUAAUUCUAAUGUUUACACAGUAAAUAAUGGGUAGCCUUGGCCCUCUGUUGUAGUCUGAUGUUAUUUAGUCAAGUUGUCAGCUUCUCAUUGCUGUUUUGUGCUGAACUUUGUACCUUGUUUUUUUUUGUUUAUGAAUCAACACAUUUUAUGUAACUUUGUAAGAAAUACUGGCCAUAAUCCUUCAUUGUUACACGUUCAAAUUUCACUAUGAACUUACAGUGAGUGGCUGGUAUGUAUAAAAAAAAAAAAAAAA